CAUAGUUACUGUAUUGUUAGCUGACAAUUGGUUAUUGAAUUUAUUCAUUGCAGGUUUUGAUAAAACAUAUUGACAUGGUUUCAAACACUUUAAUAUGUCCACAGGUUUUGAACUUUAAUCAUAUCUUUGUUUACAUUGUAUAGUGUUUUCAAAUGGAGUGCACCCAAGAACGAGAUAUAAGGAAUAAGAAAAUCAACAUUGCUCUUUGGGGAGGAAAAAUGACAGACUUUCAAGGUCAAUACGCAGAAAAGAAGAUAAGUACAUCUAUUGUUAUUGUUUCUUCAACAACUGUCAAGACAUAUAUGGGUAUACAUUCUCAAAAAUCUUCAAAAUAUUAUUUUAAUAGUAUAAGAAAUAACAAACUAUAAUCUAAAUUACCUAAUACCAUCUUUUUGUAGGUGAAUAUUCGCUAUCAACAACCAGUUCUACAAAAAUAUACAUCAACCUUGACAUAGCAGAAACUGAACAACUUAUAUCAAGAGAUGAGCAACAAGAGGUUCAUACAAUAGAGAAUCAGCGACCCCCCCAACUUCCACUGGCAGAACAGAUGUCUUUAAAUAGGAAAACUCUAAAAGAGCUAACAACAAUAUCCAUGGCAGAUGUUCAGAAUAGUCCUCUAAUAGUCACCACAUUUGCAACAAUACAAACGAUAUAUAAUAAGUACGGCUGGUACUAUUUGUCAUGCGAAAACUAAGAGGAAAAUGGUACCACGUGAAAAGGAUUAUCAUUGUGAGAACUGUGAUCGAAGCUCUAUUUUCCCAACAGUAAGCUUCAAGGUUGAAGUGGAAGUUGUUGACUCAACUGGGACUGCUGGGUUCACCAUGUUCGAAAGAGAGGUAGAGAAGCUGCUACACGUAUCAGCAACUGGACUGUUGUCGCAAAACAAUGGUGAUAUGAAAGAGGUUCCUCAACGCCUCAAUGAUUUAUGCGGACAGAAGUUGAUUUUUCAAAUCAGAAUAUCUGAUAAACAAUUUAAGAAUGGUUGGGAAAGAUUCACUGUCACCAAGAUAUUCAACCCUGACAAUGAACCGGAUCAACAGAAAGGGAAAGAGAUUAAUCGUGGAAGUGAUUACAAGCGUCUAAAAAGAAUGCAAGACUUGCCAGGACCAAGUUCACAGGACAAAGAAAAAAACAAAGCAUCCGAUUCUACUCAACCAAACGAUGAUGACAGUGGAGAGAAACCAACCGGGGAAAACAACGCAUAUUGAAGAAAAAUAGCAAAAAUUAGUAACUCUCAUUGCCUUUUAAGGACCAGCAAAG